CAAAAACAACCAUGACCCUUCUUAACUAAGACGAGCCUUUUAAUAUCUUCAUUCGUGUAUUAAAUUGAAAAUAAAAAAAAUCGUAGACAUAAUUUUUUGUUGUGCGAUAAGUUUACUUAUUCAUUUAAAAAUUGAAUGAUUCGUUUGUGAAUGCAAAAAAAAUAAAAAACUUUUGUGAGAUAACCUUGCCCGUCUGGACUUUCGAAUCGAUUUUAUUGAAGAAAACAGAACAUACAAAUUUAAUUUAGAAAAAUCAUAAAAUACAGUUUGGAGUCUAAAGAAGACUAGAAGUCUAAAAUGUCUGACCAAGCUAAACGUGUACCCGAUCCAGUUUUUGAUUCAAUCGGUGAUGCUGGAAAAUGGCAAAUAUUACUUCUGUUACUAAUAUCUCUGUCAAAGUUUCCCGUUGGAUGGCAUCAACUUUCGAAUAUUUUUUUAGCCCCACCAAUAGAUAAAUAUUGUGGUAACCCUGGAAAUACCACAGAUAUUUGUUCACCAGACUGCAAGGAAGUCAUCUACGAUCGAAGUGUUUUUGAGCAAACUAUCACCAUGGAGUGGGACUUGAUUUGUGACAAAAAACAUUUUGCCAAUUAUUCACAAACGAUAUUUAUGUUUGGCAUAUUGGUGGGAAAUGUCAGUUUUGGCAUAUGGGCCGAUAAACAUGGCCGUCGAAUACCGUUUUUAUUUUCUGUUGUUCUUCAGUUGGUGUCUGGCGUCCUUGCUGCAUUUUCCCCUUGGUUUUGGGUGUUUGUUUUCUUAAGAUUUCUGUGUGCCGUUGCAACAGGUGGCAAUAUGUUAACAAGCUUCUGCCUCAUCAUGGAAAUCAUUGGGCCAAGUCGCCGUGAAGUUUUAACAGGAAUCAUCUAUCAAGUUCCCUUCAAUAUUGGUCAUGCUCUUCUUUCAGUUGUUGCGUAUUUCAUUCGAGACUUUAGAAUGUAUCAAUUCACGCUGUCAAUCUUUUCGGUAUUGCUUCUCUCGUAUAUCUGCCUUAUUCCGGAAUCUCCACGUUGGCUCAUGAUGGCUGGCCGAAUUGAUGAAUCAGUACGAAUUCUAGAAAGAGCUGCAGUUGUCAACAAAAGACCAAAAGAAAAUGUUCGUCCGAUUGUCGAAGAAGCUGCCAGAGCUCGUGCUGCCAAGGCAGAAGUGAAAAAAGCUAAAUUUUACGAUUUGCUAAGAACUCCCAAACUAAGACUGUAUUCACUAUGUAUAUUCUACAACUGGUUCACUGUUGGCUUCAAUUAUUUUGGAGUGUCUCAAUACAUCGGAAAGUUAGGAGGAAGUAUUUUCCUCAAUGUUGCCAUUAGCGCUGCUCUUGGAAUUCCCGGAGUAAUAAUGUCUGUACCGGCUUGCAAGUAUCUUGGACGAAAGCCGACUUUGGUAGCUGCAAAUCUAAUCAUUGGAAUUUGUAUGAUAGCAUUUAUAUUCGUUCCUGCCGAACAAUCUCAACUGCAGGUGGCGCUAGCGUCAAUGGCUGUUUUUGGUGCUGCCACAUCAUUUCCCACAGUCUAUCUCUAUGGUGGGGAGGUAUUUCCAACAGUUGCCCGUAACUCUGGCAUGGGAUUUGCAUCAAUGUUGGCUAGAAUUGGAGCAAUGACAGCGGCACAUGCUUCAAGUUUUGAAACAUUUGGCAUUUGGGUGCCACCAGUGAUAUUUGCUAGUUUGGGAAUGCUAGCAGCGCUUUUGACUUUAUUGCUUCCCGAAACAAAAGGUGAACCUUUGCCAGAAACACUUGAAGAUGCUGAAAAUUAUGGAAAGAAAACGUAGUAGAAUUGUUUCUUAGACAAUUUUUGUAGUAAAUUUUUUAUAUAAAUUUAUUGUACUAGAAGAAUUUUGUUAAAUAUUAUUUAGUUAUUAUUAAA